AUGGCCGUGGGAAACGCUUACGACCUCAGUCUUCUCAAGUCCGACGACCUUUUGCCUCGACGACCUGUCUCUCCAAACAUUGCCCCCCUUCUCUCGUUCUUCAUUCAGCAGAUGAUUGACGUCGCAACGUUCCUUGUUCCUCAAUGCCUCAGUAACCGGAGCGAUCAUUAUCAACAGUCUCGUUAUGUACUGGUAAGUGCUGGCUUCUCAACUCUCGCAGCAAGUUCAUCCUUUAAAAAUCUUCACUAUUCCUUUGCGCUUCUCUCGGAAUUCAGGCAAGCCGAUGCACAGUUGGAGAGGGCAGCCGAAGCUGGCACUUUACGGACAACAAGUCCUGGUUCGUAUCCCGUCACUCCCAUACACCCGGUGCUGUGCAGGGCAGGUGGAAAUAACAAGACUUAG